CCACAAUUUGGAUCUGAAAACAAGUUAAAGAAGUGGGGGUAUGUGUAUGAGUUUUCGAUAGAAACGAGAUAUGGCUGUUGAAGUGCGAUGAAAAACCUAACACUAUAAGAAUUGUCUUUGCCCCCUUAUUUUGGCAAGGCAUUCCGACAGUGUGCAAUUAGGAUUUCUCUGGUUUUCAUUUAGCUUCAAUGGCGUGCAUGGCAGCUUCUUCAGCCAAGAUGCAAGUAGCAGCAUCUCUCUUGUGCAGGCCUAAACAGGUCACUCCCAGAUUCGCGGGAUUCAAGGCAGUGUCAUUUGGGCAGCAAAGAUAUGCGUUUACGUCACUUCGAUCUGCACCAUUCAAUUCUCGCAGUUUACACAUUCUAUGUGCGGCCAAGCCGGAAACUGUCAGUAAAGUAUGUGAGAUUGUAAAGAGCCAGCUAGCAUUGUCAGAUGAUAAGACUUUGAUUCCUGAGUCCAAGUUUGCAGAUUUGGGUGCCGACUCUCUUGAUACGGUGGAGAUAGUAAUGGCCCUUGAGGAAGAAUUUAAAGUCAGCGUUGAGGAAGAAAAUGCUGGAAGUAUUACAACUGUGCAGGAUGCAGCUGACUUGAUAGAUAGGCUUGUUGAAUCAGGUGCUGCAGUAAAGUCUUGAAGGAUGGGGAGCUGUUGGUAGAAGUCUACCUAGUAGAGAGUUUAAGGCAAUCAAUCUAUUAUAAUUAUAGUUUUCUCUUCUGAAUUGAGGGCAUUGAGUUGACUAAAUGCCUAUAAAGUUCUUUCAUUGUUAUUUUGAACUUCUUGAUAAUUAGACAAAGUUGUCUAGCACAUUGAUGCUUUCCAAUUGAUUGGUAAUGCAGGUUAUUUUAGUAUUGUUAGCUUUUGCUUUUGUCAA